AUGUCGGCAUAUAAGAAAAGGAGUGUGACUGGGACCCCGAGGGCCAGUCCCCAGCCUAGUGUGGGGACAAAGACCGAGGGGGGCAGCCCGCGGCCCCGGCGCGCUCAGGGCCGGCAGUUGCAAUCUUUUGAUAUCUAUUUCAUUUGGCGUUUCCAGUCGUGUGUUUGCCGCGUCCCCACACCCCUCGGAGCCAUCGAGUACUUUGCCAGCCUCGCUCCUGCAGACCUGGGUCGCCCUGGCCGAGUGGCGCCCGGGCGGCUUCGCCUGGCUUCCCCCGCGCGGGCGCGCGGGGCGGGCGGCCGGGCCGGGCUGCUCCAUAAGCGGCCCUCUAGCGCUAUCUGGCGGGGCUCCAGGCGCGAGCGCCCGCCGCCUCCCCGGCCGCCUCGCUCGCCCGGCUCCCCGGCUCUGCCGUCCGCCUCCCCGGCACAGGUCUCCCGGCUCGGGAGCGCCGUCCCCGCGGCCCGCCGCCCCCUGGCCGUCGGUCAGCCCCCGGGGGCGCCGGACUCGUGGCCCGGGCCGGCGUCUCGGCUCCAGGCCGUGCUGGGCGUUCGCCGGGGCCGGGCGGGGACGCCCCGCGGGCGGCGGGCCGCGGGCCGCGGCCUUCCAUGGUCUCCAGGACUGGGGUCCGUUUCUCAGCCGGGCCCCACGCCGCCACCAGACCCCUCGCAAAACACCCCAAGCGCGGGAGAGCAGGGCCAGGCCCACCCAAGUGUGCGGGAAGCCCGGGAACGCCGGCUGCUGUGCCCACGCACACGCGUGAACACGCGCGCGCCCCUCCCGUCCCGGAAAGGCCGGCAGAUGCUGACACAGGCCGCCCGGCGCGCGCUGUCACGGGCCGACAGCCCCGACGGCCCUGCUCGCGCGGGCGUCGCCCGGAACCCGCCUCUCGAGGGAGGCGAGCGCCCCGCAGGCAGGUCUGGGUCUGAGGAGUCGGCUGGCACCGAGCCCCGGCCCAACCUGCGUCCCGGGGCGGUCCGGUCACCGAGCACCACCCCCCCUCCGCCGGGCCGCGCUCGGCCGCGGUCCGGCUCCCCCGCCGCUCCACCGGGCCCCCGACGGGCGGGCGUUUACCACCGGGGCACGGGCACGCGGGCCUCCCCGGCCCCCCCAGGCUCUGCGGGGAGGAAGAACCGCCACGGCCUCGAGUGGGCGGCGAGCCCGGGCCCCGCGCCGCCCGCCGCCGCGUGCCCGCCUCCGUGCCCGCACCCCCCCCCCCCCCCGCCAGCCCUGGACCCGAGCCGGCGCGGGGCGGGCCCGCGCCCGCUGCGGCCAUUUGACCAGGAGAAACUCCGCCAACACGUGCUGCGGCCGGGCCGGCGGAGCCCGAGCCCCACCCGGCGGGCCGCCCUCGGCUCCGAGUGCCCGGCCACGCGCUGGCAGACGGGCGGGCUGGGAUUACAGCCGGCGCGGGGUCAGGAAGCUCCCACCGCUCGCGGUCGGAUGGGCCCCUUAUCCUCCAUACUGACUCCGGCUUCCCUCUCCAGCAAAUGUAGUUCUCCCGUGAGCGGUGACAGCAGCCUCUGA